AUGAGAGAGAUUAUUCAUGUUCAAGCUGGCCAAUGUGGUAACCAAAUUGGUCAAAAAUUUUGGGAAACAAUCUCAGAAGAACACUGUAUAGACGUCAAUGGCAAUUAUUAUGGUGAUAAUGAUCUUCAGCUUGAACGUAUUAAUGUCUUUUAUAAUGAAGGUUCACCAGGAAAAUAUGUUCCAAGGGCUGUACUUGUUGACCUCGAGCCUGCAACAAUGGAUGCCAUUCGUAGUAGUCAAUACGGAAGAAUUUUUCGCCCUGACAACUUUAUUAAUGCUCAAUCUGGUGCAGGUAACUCCUGGGCUAAAGGUUAUUACACAGAAGGAGCAGAGUUAGUUGAACCAAUUAUGGAUAUUGUUCGUAAAGAAGCGGAGAAUACGGAUUGUCUUCAAGGUUUUCAACUUUGUCAUUCCUUAGGUGGUGGUACGGGUUCUGGUCUGGGAUCUCUUUUGUUAUCUAAAAUUCGUGAGGAAUAUCCCGACCGUAUCCUAAGCACUUAUUCAGUUGUUCCUUCUCCUAAAGUAUCUGAUACGGUUGUUGAACCUUACAAUGCUGUAUUAUCAGUCCAUCAACUUGUAGAAAAUUGUGAUGCAACCUUCUGUAUUGAUAAUGAGGCACUUUACGAUAUUUGCUUCCGUACGCUCAAAUUAAAAAAUCCAGGAUAUGGUGAUUUGAAUCAACUCGUCUCUGCUGUUAUGUCGGGUGUAUCCACUAGUUUACGUUUCCCUGGUCAAUUAAACAGUGACUUGAGAAAGCUAUGUGUCAAUAUGGUUCCAUUUCCUCGUCUUCAUUUCUUUAUGGUCGGUGUUGCUCCUUUGACUGCCUUUGGAUCUCAACAAUAUCGUAACUUGAGUGUUCCUGAGUUAACUGCACAAAUGUUUGAUGCUCGUAACAUGAUGGCUGCCUCUGAUCCUCGUCAUGGUCGUUAUCUGACAGCGGCUACUAUCUUCCGAGGUCGUUUGUCGACUAAAGAAGUUGAAAAUCAAAUGUUAGCCAUUCAACAAAAGAAUUCAUCCUAUUUUGUUGAAUGGAUUCCUAAUAGUGUUAAAACCUCUCUUUGUGAUAUUCCUCCUGUUGGUCUCAAGAUGUCAGGUACCUUCAUUGGUAACAGCACAGCUAUUCAAGAUUUAUUCAAACGAGUGAAUGAACAAUUUACGGCUAUGUUUAGAAGAAAGGCUUUCUUACAUUGGUAUACAGGUGAAGGUAUGGACGAGAUGGAAUUUACUGAAGCCGAGUCCAAUAUGAAUGAUUUAGUAUCUGAAUACCAACAAUACCAAGAGGCUACUGCUAGUGAAGAUAUUGAUGAAGAAUACAAUGAAGAAGAUGCUCAAAUGGAUGACGAAUAA